AAUUCCGGUGGUACUAAAGAGUGGAAGGUGGAUGAACGAUUAGCUCUUUUAUCCGGACACGAGUUAUUAGUUUAACAAAAAGACGGCAGUUGUAAUUCCUAUAACAGUAUCGGUAAAUUCGGCGUGUGAAAUGUUGUUCCUCAGACCACAUAUUCUGAGACUGUAGUGGUAAAUGUAUACUUUUCUUCGGGCAUGAGAAGUAAGGCUAGCUAACGGUGGCAGAAGCUCUAUUUUAUCGUGUAACUAGCAACUCCCCUACUUUGUCAGGACCUGCCUCAUCCUAAACAACAUGCCUAUUCAACUGACAAGUCAGGCGUAUUGCAAAAUGCUUUUACAUACUGCCAAAUAUCCGCACUGUGCCGUGAAUGGAUUGCUAAUAGCAGAAAAAUCGAAGGAGAAGAAGAAAGACGGCCACGGAGUUCCAGUUUUGUGUGUGGACUGCGUUCCGCUGUUUCACGGUACUCUCGCUCUGGCACCAAUGCUAGAAGUAGCUUUGACGCUGAUCGACACUUGGUGUAAAGAAAACAAUUAUAUCAUUGCUGGAUAUUAUCAAGCCAAUGAACGGAAAAAGGAUUCAAAACCAAACCAAGUUGCAGAAAAAGUGGCUGCUAGGAUCACCGAGAACUUCAGCGAAGCUGCCAUUGUUAUGGUGGACAACAGCAGAUUAACAGUGAGCUGUUCUGAGCCCAUUGUGGUCAUUUAUGAUCAUCAUGAAAACAAGUGGAGAAACAGAGAAGUAACAAUGGGUUCUUUUGAGGACUGGAGCGAAGCACAGAAGAUCACCUCUGCUCUGCUGGUGGGCAGGUCUUACGAGAACUUGAUUGACUUUGACAAUCACUUGGAUGACUUAAGAAAUGACUGGACCAACCCCGUCAUUAACAAAUCUGUCCUGGAUCUUUGUUGAGACUUGGAAGUCUUCAGAGCAACAUGGCGCACCCUCAAAUGUCGCUGCCAUUUUAGUCUGCAUGAUGCUACAUACCAGGUAGCACAUAGUCUUCAAAGUGUCUUCGCUGAAGAAACAUGCAGACGAGCGAUCACGCGGGCCAAAAUUCUCCCACGUUCAGGCGCCACAUGUGCACCAGUGGCCUGUGUUCAUCUUUACCGGGCGAUUUAUAGGCGAUGAAGGUGCUAAGCCUAAAUGAUAAAUUUGUUUUUCCGUUAGAUUCUAGAGUAAUAGAUCUAUAUAACUCAAAUUUAAAUCAACUAGACAUGAAGAGUUUUACAUGAUUAAAAUUUGGUUAAAUAAAAUUAACACAUUGGUCUGAAGCUGCAGAAAUGUAGCUAUCAUAACAACGCUGAGAUCACACACAAGAACUGAAGUUCUUCUGCUGGUGUUGGGUGACUUGAGGUUUUAGUUGCAUUAAAAAGAGACGCUUGAAUUAAAAAUGGGACUUUAAAAUAUUAAUGCCAAUGCUUUUCAAAUAUGUGAUUACUUAUUGUCAUUGCCAUGCUGCCCAUUGUUCUGGAUGGUUUAUUCUUAAGUCUUCUCUGGUCAAUGAAGUCUGAUAAUUUAGUUUUGCAUUUACAUUUGAAUAAUUACGUUACGGUUAUGUUUAUAUGUUGACGGUUACGGUCUAUGAGACAGAACCUCGAAAUCCCUUUUCACCUGGUGGAAGUUUUGAACACAAGUUUCGUUGAUUGAAUGGGAAAUGAAGUUCUGAUCAAAUUCCUUCAUUGUGUGUAAAACAUUUGUCUUUAAUUUGAUGGGUUUGGCAUUUUAAGAGGGUUGGGAAAUAAUUACAGUGACUCCAGAGCUGUAGCUCACUGAUGGUAGUUUUGGAUUAAUGUGCUUUUUUAAGAGUUGUGUUCAUUUGUUUAUGUAUCAGCAGCUUGUGUGUGAAGGUCAUGUGGUACAGAUAACUGGUAGAACGAGGACUAAUGCGACAUUUUAUGUCAGUUUGUGAUAAAGUUUUAUCCUUGUUCAAGAAUGUGACAUUAAAAUAAAGACUUGAUAGUGCAAACAUC